AUCAUUUAUAUGAUAUUGCAGAAGGACUAUCAGCUAUUCAUAAAACGAAUAUUAUCCACCGUGAUUUGCAUAGUGGAAAUAUUUUGAUAAACGACAAAAACGUAUCAAUAUAUAACCGCAUUAAAAUAGGUGAUUUAGGAUUAAGUAAAUCUGCUACUGAAGCUGACGUUAAUGACACUUAUGGAAUUAUUCCUUAUAUGGCCCCAGAGGUUCUUCAAGGGCAAAAAUAUACUACAGCAUCAGAUAUUUAUAGUUUUGGUAUGAUUAUGUGGGAAUAUAUGACAGGAAGAAGACCUUUUUGGGAUCGUGCUCAUGAUAUUGAGCUGAUUAUUGAUAUUUGUGAUGGCUUACGUCCUCCAACAGUUGAUAUU